ACAUUUGUUACAAAUUACAGAAAAGCACUAAUUUACUAGUGUGUAUACAUCAUUAAUAUUCAUAAGUAAAGAACAUUAUUUUAAGUGCAAAUAAACGACAUUGUGGCGGAAUAAUAAAGUUCAUUAAAUAUCUAUUUUUAAUAUUGACAUACUUCAGAAAAAGUGGGAAGCCAUAUAUGUGUUGUAUAUUUGAGGUAAUCUCUAACAGCAACGGAAGGAAAAUUAAACUUACAAAAAAUGUCGGAUAUUGAAUUGAAUCAAAAAUAUCCCUUGGUACUUGAGGAAACCAAUCCUUUUAUUGAGGAAUGGAAACGUUGGUGUCGGCUCUGUGCAAAGGCUGAUGUACAAUGUAUUAAUGUUUUAUCAGGACACUGUGUGCAAUCCACACUCGCAAGUGAUAAUUACAAUUCUUUAAACAUACUUGCCGCUAUAGAAGAAUUUUUUCACGUACAAAUUAAAGAAGAUGAGAAGCUCUCACCUUUUGUAUGUGCUGAGUGUUACGAGGUGGUAACAUCUUUUGUUAAAUUUAAUGCUAACAUCAAAAAGGUCCAGCAAUUGUACGAUGAGCUUUUGCAUAGCGAUGAUAAAACCAAACUCAAUAUAUCAGCUUUAUAUGAUAAGUAUGGUCUAUUCAGGGAUGAAACUAUUUCGACACAAACCAGUACCAAACUACCAGUGGAAGAAAUUUUCAUUGCUGAUUCACCAGUGCCGAAGUGUUCUAAUUUUUCGAUACAAAUAAAAAAUGAAAGAUCAGAUGAAUUCCCAGCAGAAGUAUUCAUUAAAGAAUUUGACAAAAAAGAAGAAUUUCAAGAUCCAUUUGGUGAAGAGGAAGUACUUACUGGUAUGCAAAACAAUUCUCCACUAAAUGAAGAUGAAAAUAAUAGCAGAAGUGAAGACUUGAAUGUGCCAAUGGAUACCGAAGAUUCAGAUGAAGACGUAGAAGAAGAAGAAGAAGUUUGUACAAACAAUAGAAUUAAUAAUGACAGUGUGGAAUCGGAAGAUUCUACCGAAAUAUCCAAAGAAACUGAAUAUACUUGUAGUAUUUGUUUAAUGCGUUUUCAUCGUAGAAGUAACUAUUCGGUACAUGUAAAGAAAAAGCAUGAUAAAAUUGUAUGCACGCAUUGCCCAAGCUUAUUUGAUAGUAAACCAAUUUUAAAGCAGCACAUGAAAGAUCAUCGACAAUUAUUCCCCUGCCCGCACUGCGAUCGAAAGUUCGUAACAAAAGAAUAUGUAUCUCAACACAUAAAAUUUAUACAUGAUGAUGAACGUCCAUUCAUUUGCGAGACGUGCGGUGAUGCCGUGCGCACGAAAGGACAACUUAAAGAACACAUGUUGACACACACAGACUAUUCUCCCUUUGAAUGCAAAGAAUGUGGCAAAUGUUUCAAGCAAAAGCAACGUUUAAAGCGCCAUAUGCAGAUACACGGAGACAAGCAUAUCUGUACGGAAUGCGGCAAGCAACUGAGCACGCGCGCUACACUAAAUAGUCACCUACUAGUGCAUUCCGACAAGAUGCCACACAAAUGUGAUUAUUGUGGACGGCUUUUCAAACGUGCUAAAACGCUUAAAAAUCAUUUAAUUGCACAUACUGGCCUUAGACCGUAUUCUUGUGACUUUUGUGACAAAACCUUUUCAACUGGACCGAGCUGUCGUUUUCACAAGAAAACUAUGCAUCCAGUUGAAUUGGCUGCACAAGAGGCGGCAGGCGUGAAAACAUAUACGAAGAAUAUACCAAAUUUAGAUGUUUUAAAGGCCGUUUCGCGCACUGCGGAGAAUCUUACUCCUCUAGCAUCCAAACAAAACGGUUAUGCUACAUUUGAUAGGAAAAAAGAGCCGCCAAAAGCGGAUAUUGAAACAAAAUCGAACGAAGCAAUUAUGGCAUACAAAAUAGGAUUAAUUGUCGUCCGCCUGUACACGCAAGAACUAAGAAUGGCAGAUUUUUAUAAAAAUAAUAGUGACCAUAUUGGCAUCAUGUCAGAAGACACAUUUGCCGAUGAAUGGAAAAGUUGGUGCCGCCUUUGUGCCCGUGCUGACGCCGAAUAUAUUAAUAUCAUAUCCACACAAUGGAAAAUGCCUAUGCCAGCAAUUAGUGCAUGCAACAGCAGUAGUAUUGCUACUGUUAUAGAAGAACUCUUUCAUGUGCAAAUACAAGAGGAUGAGAAGUUGUCGAAAGUAGUUUGUGCAGAAUGUUAUCAAUUAGUUACUUCAUGGAUAAAAUUUAGGGAACGCGUGAAAAGAGUUCAAGAAAUGUACAGUGAUCUACAAAAUCACCAUUACUUACACAAGUUGAGUUCAAAAUUGUUGUAUGAAAAAUACAAUAUAAUUGAAAAUGAACCAUUUUUGACAUCAAACACCAACAAACUGCCUGUUGAAGAAAUUUUCGUUGCUGAUUUACCAAUCACAAAUAUACCAGAGUUAACAGAAAUUGAAGUAAAAAGUGAGAAAAAGUCUGAUGAAGUUCCGGCUGAAAUGCUGUUAACCGACUUUGAAAAGAGCGAUGAAUUUGUUGAUCCAAUAGGUGAUGUGGAUGCCGGUAUGGAUAAUCUUGAUACUCCUAUGACUGAAGAAGAUGAUGGCAGCAGUGAUAGUGAACAAAGUGAAAGCAAAUUUGAGUGUUUAAAUAAUGAUUCAGAAAACGUUGAAAAAAGAACAGAGAAAAUCUUAAAAAAUCAUAACCAAGACUUUGAAUAUAAUUACACUUGCAAAAAGUGCACACAAGGUUUUCAACGUCUUAAAAACUACAUCACUCAUAUGAAAAAGAAAUAUGGCGAAAUUAAUUGCCCUCAAUGCACCGGAUCAUUUAAAAAUGCAAUUAAACUAAGGCUGCAUAUGAAAAUUCAUCCAAAAGCGUUUCCAUGUACACUUUGUGAUAAAAAGUUUGAAACAAAAACCCGACUAGCAAAGCAUAUAAGUUGUGCACAUGAAGAUGAACAACCGUUGAUUUGUGAAGUAUGCGGUGUUACUUUGCGCUCGAGAAAGCAACUCAGAGAACAUAUGCUCCAACACACAGACUACUCACCGUUUGAAUGUAAAGUUUGUGGCACAUCUUUUAAAAUAAAAAGUCGACUGAAGCGGCACAUGCAAAUACAUGGAGACAAAUAUAUUUGUCCUGAAUGUGGUAAACAAUUGAGUACGCGUGCUACACUCAAAAGCCACUUGCUUGUUCAUUCCGAUCAGAUGUCACACAAGUGUGAUUAUUGUGGACGACUCUUUAAGCGAGCCAAUACGCUGAAGAACCAUUUGAUUGCGCAUACCGACCUUAGACCGUACGCCUGCGAUUUUUGUGAUAAAAGAUUCUCAACAGGGCCAAGUUGUAGAUUUCAUAAAAAGACAAUGCAUCCGAAGGAGUUGGCUGAACUGGAGGCAUCCGGAGCUAAAGCAUAUACCAAAAAUAUACCAACUUUAAAUGUACUAAAGGCAGUAUCGCGAACGGGCGAGAAUUUCAAGCCGCUGGCAUCGAAACAAAAUGGUUGCGUGCAUUUCGACAAGGACAUACAGGCUAAAACUGUAGUUGCGAGUUCAACUACGACUACAAAUGCUACAAACGUACAGGAUUAAAAAAUAUAAAUUUUUAAUUCUAGUUGAAAAAGAGUACGACGAAAAUUUAGUUGUAAAAUCUACAUAUUUUUUAUGUUUGCAUACAUAGUUUGCACUUCAAUGAAGUGCUGGUAUGGUAUCAGAUAUUAAUUAGUUGUAAGUUUAAAUAAUUUAUAUAUAAUUGUUUUUCGACGUAUAGAAGUUCUGUGUUAUUUUUUUUAACAUUUGGGGUACUUUAGAUUAGUAAUGUAAACUACAAGCUUUAUUUAAUAAACUUUUCAAAAAUAAAAUAAAAAAUAUGAUCUCUUUGUUAAAAAUUA